CCCUCACGUUGCCUUGACGUCAUGUGAUCGACUGAAAACGGGUUUGUCUCCGCACUUUUCGCCGGACCUUCAGACCUCCGCCGCUCUUUGUUUGUUUGUUUGCUUGCUUAUUUGCUGACGUCACUGUGACGCUGCAGGGGAGAAAAAAACAGAGCGCAGAGUCAUAACCUGGACCUGACCCGGCCCAGCUCCCAGUCCUCCCAGCCAUGAGCGCCCAGCCCCGGCGCAUCCGCCUGAAGCCCUGGCUGCUAGCUCAGGUGAACAGUGGCAGGUAUGCGGGUCUGCAGUGGCUCAGUCCGGAUCACCGCCUCUUUCAGAUCCCCUGGAAACACGCGACACGCCACACACCUGUGUCAGACGAGGAAAACACCAUCUUCAAGGCGUGGGCUCUGGAGACAGGGAAGUACCAGGAGGGCGUGGAUGAACCCGACCCUGCUAAGUGGAAGGCGAACCUUCGCUGUGCUCUGAACAAAAGCCGUGAAUUUCAGCUGAAGUACGAUGGCACCAAAGAGACACCGGUCCAACCGUACAAGAUCUACGAAGUGUGCGAGCACCCCGGGAGCACAGAUGGUGGCGAGGAUGAUGAAGAGGAGAUGCCCAAUCUGAUGGACCUUACUAUCAACCCCAGGAUGGGCGAUCCCACCCCCUUCUCCUCCUUCCCGACUCAUUCAGAGGUGAACCAGUUUGCAUUAUCCACCAACGGGACAUUUGGACCACCACACAUCAUCCCAGUGCCUCUGCUUCCUGACAUCACCAUGACCUCUGACAUCCAGGGUCAGGCCCACUUCCUCCGUAAUGGACUUCAGGAUCUCAACGCUGCAGCAGCUCAACCGGAGCAGGCCCCAAUGGAGGCCAGCAGCAUGGCAGGCCAGACAGACCCUCAGAACAACCAAUCUUGCAAGUACGACCUGCUGAGCAGCGUCCCACUAACAGAUUUGGACCUGAAGUUCCAGUACCGGGGCCGUACGAUGGGCUCUCUGACCGUCAGUAACCCCCAGGGCUGCCGGCUGUAUUACGGACACCUGGAACCGACCCCAGAGCAGGUGGACUUGUUCGGGCCGGUCAGCCUACAGCAGGUCCUGUUCCCAGGAACAUCAGACAUCCAGAACGAGAAGCAGCUCUUCUACACCGAUGCCCUGCUGGACGUGAUGGACCGAGGUCUGAUCCUGGAGAUCUGGGAGCAGGACAUAUAUGCCAUCCGCCUCUGCCAGUGUAAGGUGUUCUGGUCUGGACCGGGCAUACCUGAACAGGGACCACCAAACCCGAUGGAGAGGGAGAAGAAGAUCAAGGUGUUCAGCCUCAACGACUUCCUCCAGGGGUUGAUCCUGUUCCAGAAAGGUGAGGCUCCAAACCCUCCACCUUUUGAGAUUUACUUCUGCUUUGGGGAGGACUGGCCCGACAAGAAGCCCAAAGAGAAGAAACUCAUCAUGGUUCAGGUGAUUCCUGUGGUGGCCCGGAUCCUGACAGAGAUGUUCUCUGGAGAGCUGAGCUGGUCGACGGACAGCAUCCGGCUGCAGAUCUCAAACCCUGAUGUGAAGGAUCAGACAGUGACGCAGUUUAAAGAGCUGCAGAGGCUCCUGCAGAGCCAAAACAUCCAGGGGCCCUGGACCCCCAAUGUCCCCUAAAGCAUCCAGGGACCUGCUUACUGUACGCUACCUCCCACUGAAAAUGGAAAAGCCUGAAUGAAAGAAACUGUUUGAGAUCUGCAGGUUUCCAGGUGGUGUACAGGAGUUGAAUGAGAACACUACCUGCAGGUGUAGGUGUGUGUGUUUAUAAAUCUUUUUGCCUUUUGUACUUUUAUAUGGAUGUUUUGUAAAUCAGGCUUUCUGUUUAGACCUGCUCCUUUAACCGUUACUGUUCUGGGCUCAGGUUUGCUGAUUGUUCCCAGAACAGUGUUUGACCUGAUUGGUCAUCAAUAAUCAGAUUAACUUUGGUUAAACUCUAAAGCAGUUCAGUGUCCCACCCUAAGAUGAUUUCAGACUGUUGAUGCAGGUGAUAUAAAGCUCUUCAUUCAUCUCCACCUGGUGUGGCCUGCAGGUUUAUUUCCUGUUUUUAUUUUUCUGCCAGACACCAUUUGAGGGAGUUUUCUCUCCAUUUGUUAAGAUUUCAAUAAAAGCCACUGCAGUAUUCUCCCAGCAGCUUUUUUUUUUUUUAAACCAGGUGACAAAGGUCCAGCAGUCCUUUGAGGUUCAGACACUGGAUGUUUCAGGUCUGAAAAAGUAAAAACUGAACCAUCAUGAAAAGAAUCCUGUGUAAAUAAUUAUUCUGAAAAGACACCAGUUCAUUAAGUGUACUAAAUCAGUGAGCUGAUAUAUUGAUUACUGAGUGGAAAACCUGCCAGGUGUCUGAUUUAUUUUUUCUCAGGCUGUGAUUGUGGUUUGUGAUUAUUUACCAACAUCUUAAAGACUAAAUAAUAAGAAUACAAUAUUUAAUCAUUUCAGUCUUGAAAAAUACGUUACUGAAGUGAACCGGCUGGUCUUUGUAUGUACACUGUAGCACACUGUUAGAUCACCCUGUGAUUGUGACAUCACAAUAAUUUACCUCAGUUAGUAAAUCUGUUCCAUAACCUAUAAAUAAAGUCUUAUUUUCUUCUGUUCCAGCUGUAAAAA